AUGGCUUUUUUGCGUGCUGUGACUAAAUGCAGCAGUAUUCGUAAUAAAUAUUUUCCGUUAAGCAGUCAAUUGUUAAAUGAACACUCUUCUCACUUUUUAAGAACAUUAAUUUCAGUUCAUUGUAAGUCGACACAAGCAGCAUCAGCUAUCGGUUAUGAAACAGAUGUCGAAGGCAAAAGCACACAUCCUAGAGAUCCCCUUGACCUAUCUUUCAACGAUGCCCGUGCAGCAUUCAAAAGUAAAACUACAUGGGAAGUCCUGCGGGCAUAUAUUGUCUAUCAAUUAUGUUCGUCGGAAACUUUGGUCGAAAAUAACAUGAAAAUAAUGAAAGCAAUGAAAAUGGUGAUGGGAGACAGAUUAUUCGCUCUUCUUAUGAAAAUGACUUUUUACGGUCAUUUUGUGGCAGGAGAAGACGAGUUUAGAAUUAGACCAAAUUUAGAACGUCUGCGUUCUUUCGGUGUUAAACCCAUUCUCGAUUAUUCCGUCGAAGAGGAUUUAACGCAAGAGGAAGCAGAAAGUAGAGAAGUCGCUGCGUCGGUACCCACUGAAACAACAGCAAAAACGGAUGAUGUUGCCCCCGGUUCGUUGCCUCAGUAUCACGUAGAAAAAUCAUUUGCCGAUCGUCGGUAUAAAGUUCAGUCAGCGAGAACUUAUUUUUAUUUAAACGAAGCAACUUGCGAAAGAAACAUGGAAACGUUUUUACAUUGUCUGGAAGCCAUUUCAGGAGCAACUUUCGGUACUGGUUUAACGGCCAUUAAGCUCACGGCUUUGGGAAGACCUCAGUUACUGUUGCAAGUUUCCGAAGUAAUCAUGAGAACUCGUCAAUACAUGGCAGAAUUAGAUGGAGGAAGGGGAAACGUUUUGGGUCAUCACGUUCGACGAGAAGAUUUGUCCAAACGUUACGAACAGGCAAACGUUCUCACGGAAGGGCCCGUUAAAGAAUUUUUAGAUCGAGUCACAUACGACGAACAAGGUGUCAUUCAUCUUUUUCCGUGGUACGGGAUAAUAGACGAUAAUCAACAACUUAGCGAUACCUUCCGAGUUCCCGAUUUGAAAAGUGGUAAAAUGGUACGGCUCGUCACGCAAUUUUCCCCCAAAGAAGAAGAAAUGUUUAGGAAUAUGGUUAGACGAGUCAACACCGUCAUUAAGGCCGCGCAAGAAAUGGAUGUUCGAGUUAUGAUAGAUGCAGAACAAACGUAUUUCCAACCGGCCAUAUCUCGAAUCACGCUCGAAAUGAUGCGAAAAUACAAUAGGGAAAAAGCCAUCGUCUUCAACACUUAUCAGUGUUACUUGAAGGAUACAUAUAACGAAGUGACGACGGAUUUGGAACAGGCGAAAAGGCAGAAUUUUUAUUUCGGAGCCAAACUCGUGAGAGGAGCUUAUUUAGAGCAGGAAAGAGGGAGAGCGGCUGCGUUAAACUACCCGGAUCCGACGAAUCCGUCGUUCGAAGCAACCACCGUCAUGUAUCACAGAACACUCACGGAGUGUUUGAGACGAAUCAAAGAUCUCAAAGACAAGGGAGAAGAUGCGAAAAAAAUCGGGAUUAUGGUCGCGAGUCAUAACGAAGACACCGUGAGAUUUGCCAUAGAAAAAAUGAAAGAAAUUGGAAUAUCUCCCGAAGAUAAAGUUAUUUGCUUUGGGCAAUUACUAGGAAUGUGCGACUACAUAACAUUUCCGCUUGGUCAGUCGGGAUAUUCGGCGUAUAAAUAUAUUCCCUACGGACCCGUCAACGAAGUUUUACCCUAUCUGUCGAGGAGAGCUCAGGAAAAUAAAGGAAUAUUAAAGAAAAUAAAAAAAGAAAAACGACUUUUGCUUAAGGAAUUGUUGAGAAGAAUCGUUACCGGAAAUAUAUUCCACAAACCGAAAGGAAAUUACGUACCAGUUUAA